AUGUCGUUGAAGAACAAUACCAAGAAAGGCGUAGACACGAUGAAUAUAGCUUUGAAGAAAAAAGAACUGAUUACUCCUUCCGCGUCUCUUGGAUAUCAUGACUUGCCUGAAGAAUUCAAAAGAGAAAUUGAGAGGCUGAACGGGACCAAAGUGGAGUUGGUGAUAGAGAAACAAUUGACCAAGACUGAUAUAAGUUCGAGUACAAAUAGGAUGUCAAUGCCUCUAAACCAACUUAUUUCGAUUAGUUUCUUGGAAGAUGAAGACAAGGAGAUGCUUGAGAACUGUAAGACAAUGACGGUUCAGUUGAUAGACCCUGGUCUUGUACAAGGAGAUAUAAACCUGAGGCGGUUGGUAAUGGGAAAGGAAAAAAAACCGGGAAGUGCAAUUUUUGUAUUGAGGACUCAAUGGGGGGAUGUUGCUCGGAAAAACAAGCUCAAAGCAGGCGACGUCGUUCAAGUUGGUCGUUUCAGGUUAAUAGAGCGCUUUACUUAG